AUGCUGACAUUCCUGAGUGUGUAUCAGUUACCACCAAUGAGUAAUCGUGGGAAGCCACCAGAUAGAUAUUCACCAAAGCCUUCGACAAAGAGAUUAGCUGAAGCUUGUCAGGCAUUUGUAAAUCAAAUGUCUACGGUGGCUACUCCUAGUAAAGUACAAGAUACAUUAUCUGAUUCAAAGUGGGCGAGUGCUAAGACUGAAGAGAUGCAAGCUCUUGAGAAAAAUCAAACUUGGGAAUUGGUGCAACUACCAGAAGGGAAUAAACCAGUUGGUUGCAUAAAGCACAAACCAAAUGGUUUUAUUGACAGGUACAAAGCCAGACUUGUGGCCCAAGGUUUUACACAGACAAAUGGUAUUGAUUAUCAAGAGACAUUUGCACAAGUGGCUAAGAUCAAUACCAUUCGAAUUCUAUUAUCUUUAGCUAAAAACUUUAACUCGCCAUUGCAUCAAUAUGAUGUAAAAAAUGUCUUCUUACUUGGAGACUUACAUGAGGAAGUCUACAUGUCAUUGCCGCUAGGUUAUAAUACUCAUAAUGAUGCAAGUGUUGUGAGUAAAUUGAAGAAGACACUGUAUGGAUUGAAGCAGUCUCCGAGAGCUUAG